GCGAAGGUUGAUCUCGUUUCUAAGAAAUCGAUCUGUAACAAUCGAUUCCACAGUUCACGGAACGGCGGUUAACAUUAAUUUCCAAAACACAGUAAUCCUUCCUAUAGCGCUUGCGAGUUCUAAAAGCUAGUGGAAAAAUGGAAAGAGAAUCAAUGAAAGGUUACCUGUUCAACUGUGACAAGACAUGCGAGCUAAAAGAAGUCGAAGCACUUCUCUUUGAAAUGGAAGAGAAGCACAACCUGAAGAUCGAUGUUGAAAAGCUAUAUUUUGGAUUGAAAAGCAUGUCUGAAAUUUGCGACAGUAAGAUUCCUCACUUAAAAAUUGAUUUUGCCGUUUUCGCUGUCCAUGCAAAUGAAUCUCGGCUUUCGAUCAACGAAGAAAACGCUGGAAUUGGUUACGCCAAGUUGUAUAAAGCAUUGUCAAGAGCCACGGGUGACAAAGUGUUGAUAGUCAUCGCUGGAGACAAGGAUUACAAAGAUGAAACUGAACAGGAACAGUUUGUGAUCUCACGCUGGGCACGGAGAAAAGUGGCCUCGCAGUUUGAUGACGAGUACCUUGAUGGAAGGAAAAGUUUUAUUUUGUCUUGGAACUCAAAGCACCGAACGAUCCACGAGGAGGCACUUCUGCACUUCUUUGAUCCAAACAAGGAAGGACAGAAGUUUCAAUAUCAACCAAAACCAAAGCCUCUCCCUGAGUUCCAGGUCACCUCGUCAGUAACCACCCCAGGAGAGGGUGAUAAGGUUAUAGAAGAAGGUGCCUCUGAUCAGCUUAUGGAUAAUGAUGUACUGAAUCUUGAACAUGAAAAAUCAACCCAGGACGAGAGGUCAGAAGAAUAUGGAGGCGCUGACACAACACCUACUCUAGUAAACCACCCAAAAGGAACAGUGUUGCUUGAAACGCACCUGAGAUACGGAAAAAUCUCUUCUGAGAAUAAAGACGUUGUGGAAUGGCAACAAGGGUGGCAGCCAUCUCAAAUAGUCAUGCAGGACCUUGAAGAAAAAUGGAAGCUGGUCCCGGAUGCUAAAGUACUGUUCACCGCCGAUGGUGACGGCCAAGACAACUGUGCAGUAAAAAUGAAUCAUUGGCAAAACUUUAAGUAUCAUAUGUGGAGGGCACAAAUGCGCGCAAGUGCACACAUGCGCAUGUGCGCGUGCAUAUGCACAUGCAUAUGCAUAUGCAUAAUAGUAAUGAUAAUAAUAAUAAUACACUUUACAUGAGGGUAGCACGGAAUAGUUACAGAAACUAGUGGCAUGCAAAUCCGCGGUGUGGAUGUUUGUAAUCGCCUCAGGUUUUACUAUGGAUUUGAGCUAAAUUUUUAGGUGAAGUAUUCCCAUGUAUACUUGAUUAUCAUACAAUGAAUGUAGUCGAACUACACUAGCUUGGUGUUCGAAAAAGUUAAUAAUCAGCUCCGUAGAAAUGAAAACAUUUUGAAAAUGAGCGCGCAGUCCAACAUAUGGACUGCGAUAUAAUGUUCUGAGUUGUCGAACUUACCUAUUCUUUAGAAGCUGCCGCAUUGAUGGUAGUGAAAUAUUCUCAGGUGUGAUAAUAAAAAAAAGAAAUUAAAGCAUCGUAAAGUGGAA